CCUUUUGAACACCCAAGAUCCAGAUCCCUCCCCAAUCAAGCUCCUAUCCAAUACCCCUAGCUCUUUUUUUGCAUCACCCAACGGACCUGCCUGUCAUUACCAAGCAAGCGCAAAGGCUGUGUCCCUCGCCUUGAUCAUGUAGCUUGAUCAUGUAGCUCCCCGGGCUGCACAUGGUCUAGGAUCAUUCAUCAUCCAUAUACCUUUUCCCACCUUGCCACACACUUCGCCAGCAUGCAUGAACAGGUAACGCAAGCUUGAGAACUACGUUCGUGCUAGUGAUAUGACAUAUCACUUGUUUAUGAUAUUGACCUAUUAGGUACCUAACCUAAUAGGUAGUAUCAAGCAGCUUCGCUUCUUAGGUGGCUUUGUUCGUGGUGAGGAUGAUGUCCUCAGCUGAGCUCAGCUUCAUUUAAAGAUUUCUGGGAACUCCCACACUCCUUGUCUACCUCUCUCUGGUCCUAUCGCCUUAAUCAAUUUCGUUACCGGCAACAUGGCGAAACAAUUCUUUGCUAACGUGAAGUCCGUCCUGAGCGGUGACACUCUGGUCCUGACCAGCCAGAACAAUCCGAGUGCAGAACGAAUUUUCUCAUUGGCAUUUGUCACCGGCCCUCAUCUAAAAAGAGAGGGCGACGAGCCAUUCGCCUUUCAGUCACGGGAUUACUUGCGCAGCCAUGUCGUUGGUAAGGCUGUUCAAUGCACCAUCCUCUACACCAUCCCUACAUCUGGAAAGGAGUACGGCAUCGCCCAGCUUAAGGAUGGAACUCAGCUACCGGACGAGUCAGUCAAGGCUGGCUGGCUGAAAGUUAGAGAAGACGCAGGCCGAAAAGAGGAGGACGAGGAAAUUCUGCAACGACUUGAAACACUUCGCUCAUUGGAAACGCAAGCUAGGACCGAAGGAAAGGGACUUUGGGAAGGCGUUGGUGGGGUGAUCGAAGUCCAAAACGACAUUAGUUCCCUCGAUAUGGGCCAAUGGAAGGGAAAAACUGUUGACGGCAUCGUUGAGCGCGUCUUGAGCGGUGAUCGCUUGCUCAUGCGCCUGAAGUUGUCUGACAAGAAGCACUUGCAGGUCAUGACACUUGUCGCCGGUAUUCGAACACCAACUACGGAGAGGGUUAACCAGUCCACCGGCCAAACUCAGCCAGCUGAGGAAUUUGGAAACGAAGCGCGACAAUACGUCGAAGUAAGAUUGCUCCAACGUGACGUCAAGGUCGAAAUAGUUGGCACGAGUCCGCAAGGACAGCUCAUUGCGUCUAUUCUACAUCCCCGAGGUAGCAUUGCGGAAUUCUUACUCGCCGAUGGACUAGCAAGGUGCAACGAUUUCCAUUCUACUUUGCUAGGGCAGAAGAUGGCUUCUCUCCGAGCGGCUGAAAAGAAAGCCCAGGCUAGCAAGCUACGUCUGCACAAGGAUCACGUCGCCAAGGCCGAAGGAGGCAGUUCGUCUGACAUGAUUGUCUCAAAAAUUCAAGGAGCCGAUGCGAUAUUUGUUCGUACGAAGAACGGUACCGAAAAGAGAAUCAAUCUUAGCAGUGUUCGAGGUCCUAGAACCAACGAGCCGUCGGAGGCUCCUUUCAGAGAUGAAGCGAAAGAAUAUCUCCGAAAGAAGCUCAUUGGAAAGCAUGUCAAGGUAUCAAUCGAUGGACAUCGGCCUGCGAAUGACGACUUCGAGGCCCGCGAUGUGGCGACAAUAACUGAGAAGGGCAAGAACAUUAACCUCCAGUUGGUUCAAGACGGCUGGUGCUCCGUGAUUCGGCACCGUAAAGAUGAUACCGAUAGAGCCCCAAAUUAUGAUGAAUUGCUUGCGGCCCAGGAGACUGCGAAGGAAGAAAAGAAGGGAAUGUGGUCUGGAAAACCGUCCAAGGCUAGAACGUACGUUGAUGUCUCGGAAUCGGUACAAAAAGCAAAGAUUCAACUCUCUACUCUUUCGCGUCAAAAGAAGGUGCCAGCCAUAGUCGAUUUCUGCAAAGCCGGUUCUCGAUUUACUGUCCUGGUUCCCCGGGAAGGUGUCAAGCUCACCAUGGUGCUCGCCGGUGUCCGUGCCCCACGCGCACCCCGAUUACCCCAAGAAAAGGGGGAACCAUUUGGACAAGAAGCGCUUGAACUUGCUAACCGUCGGUGUAAUCAACGCGACUGCGAAAUUGAUGUCCACGACAUAGACAAAGUUGGUGGUUUCAUCGGUGAUCUAUAUAUCAACCGCGAAAGCUUCGCCAAAAUAUUAGUUGAAGAAGGCCUCGCAUCUGUCCAUCAGUAUUCGGCAGAGAAGGCCGGCAAUGCCAGCGAACUGCUAGCUGCCGAGAAGCGUGCUAAAGAGGGACGCAAAGGCAUGUGGCACUCUUGGGACCCCUCACAAGACGAAGAAGCCGAAGAAGAAAACGCGCCCGUGGAAAGUUCGAAUGACGCUACGCCGCUGGACAAGAAGGCCGCCGAUUAUCGGGAGGUCGUCGUCACUAACAUCGACUCAAAUGGCAAACUCAAGAUCCAAGAGAUUGGUAAGGGAACUUCAGCACUAGAAGUCAUGAUGAACGAGUUCAAGAAAUUCCACCUCGACUCGAAGAACAACAAACCCCUAGCCAACCCUCCAAAGACGGGCGAGUUUGUCGCGGCCAAGUAUUCUGCUGACGGUCAGUGGUACCGUGCGCGUGUGCGCUCGAAUGAUCGAACGGCCAAGGUCGCCGAGGUUCUCUUCGUCGAUUACGGUAACAGCGAGAAGGUCCCGUGGUCUAGCCUCCGACCACUGGAUCAGCCGCAAUUUUCAACGCAGAAGCUCAAGGCGCAAGCUACGGACGCAGCGCUGUCCUUCAUCCAGCUUCCGACCGCGUCUGAUUAUUUCAAUGACGCUCUGCACUUUAUCAAUGAAGUGACAGACGGCAGAACGCUGGUAGCCAGUUUUGACUUCGUCGACUCGAAAGAAGGCCUUAGCUAUAUCACAUUGUUCGACGAGAAGGCGGGCACGACCUUUGCAGAUUCGAUCAACAAGGAGGUUGUGGCUAACGGCCACGCCAUGGUCCCCAAGAAGCUGAAGGCGUGGGAGCGGGGCCGCGCAUCUGAGGAGGUGCUCAAAAAGUUGCGUGAGGUCGAGACCCAGGCAAAGGCUGACCGCUUGGGUAUGUGGGAAUAUGGUGAUAUUACUGAAGACUAAGCAGCCCCCC